CUGUUUCUUGUUUCAGGCUUUUCUUUUCAGAGCUUCGAUUCGUCAUAUGACGAGCUUCAAGUGCCGGAGAAUCUACACCGCCUGAGUGUCAAGAUUCAGUACAAAGCCCACAAAGGAGCUGAAGUCGGGAGUAGCUCAUGGACCGAACGGCCUCUAGAUGAACAUAGAAUAUUAUGUAGUUUUGAUUUACCUACUCUACCGAACGACUCACCGUCUGAGACGCCAGAUGACGACAUGCGAUUGCAAGGGUCGAUAGCAUGCGACGGUACUUACGUCUAUGUAAUCAACUAUGUUGGCUUCUACAAGAUCGGAUCUGGGCUCCAGGAGACGGUUUUAGGAAAACUAUAUGCUUCGAAUAGUUCUAUUAAAGCAACGAGGAACUGUUUACUAACCUUCUGCAACGGAUCGUUGUAUCUGCGACGCGGGCAGUCGUCAUGCAUAUCAGUGAUCGAUAUCGAUUCGUUAAGAGACAUCGGAGAGGUUAUACUGCCAACAGACUGCGUGCAGACCGCCUUAUUCUCGGAUGGUUCGUCUUUCUAUCACGCUUCCGUUACCUCACAAUCGACGCUUCACUUAGUACCUCUGAAUGAUUCAUUUGUGCCGAUAGCUGAACCAAAAUCCCGUCACGCAGUUCGACUCACCGAUGUUUCUUUCUGUUGCAUGGGCGACACAAAAUCGUUGCCAUUUCAACUACCGAUGACUAUACCGAAGUACUUGCAUAAUCAAGCUGCCGAUCUCCAUCUUGGCAAGGACAUAGCUUUUCUUCAAUCACGAUCGGGAAAAAUUUAUUAUGCUGGAAAUGGUAUCAAGUACGGGUUGCAGCUGGUGUUGCCCGAAAGCAUAGUUCAAAUGUCCGUCGGCGCUGAAUACGUACUGUUCCGUGCUGGCAGUGGCCAUGCAUGGAUCGCAGGUGGCGAUGAUGGUCGUAGAGCUGGCAAAUUGAGGCGCUUGACAACAAUCAACAGACGAAAAACUCAGUCGAUCAGCAGCGCUGCUGGAAGCUACGGUUAUGUAACCGACAAUGGCCGAGUGUACGUUGGUGGACGACAUGGUAUGAGCGUGUAUCCCGAAACGGGUCAAGUCUUAGGCUUAGAUGUCGUCGCUUGCACUUGGAAAGACUCAUGCAGUCGCGAUCUCGAAGCAAGGCUACGUCUACACAUGGGGUUGAACAACCUGAAUCAGUGCGGAAGGACUGAACAAGCGCCAGUAUCGUCAUCAGUGUCACCUCGACGUCGCGGUUCAGUCGUUGUUUGCGAACCGUCUGAACAUCUCUUCGUUAAGGACGUUCCCUCAUACUGUACCCAAUGCGGGCUGUGUUCUGCUCGAGGUUCAGCGUGCCCAAUACCAGCAUUUACUAGGAAGACCGGCACAUGCAGCUGUGGACCAGGAGAAACCCCAUGCUUAAGGUGUGGGCUGUGUCGUUCCUGUGGUGAGUCUACACAACAACGCCCAGCAGGUGAUACACCCACUCGUACCCAUCUGGCUCCAGCACGGGUUUCGAUAGUCAAGGCACAGCAGAAUGUAAAGGUCUCCUCCGUCAGUUGUGGAAACUUCCAUACUAUUCUCCUAGCAGCAGACGGUACCGUAUUCUCGUUUGGUUCGAACUGUCAUGGUCAACUGGGAACGGGAGACGUGCGCAGUAAGACUGAGCCUCAAAUGGUGGUUCUACCUCCGGACGUGCAGGUGGUCCAAGUAGCCGCCGGUGCUAACCACACCGUUCUACGUACAUCCGUUGGAGCUGUCUAUACGUUUGGUGCUCACAAAAUGGGACAGCUGAUAAGACCGCCGGGCGAGGACAACUGCUGGCAUGCUAUCCCGAGUAGAGUGCCAGGUUUUGGACCCGGAUGUGAGUCCUUUGCCACUUGGAUUGGAGCUGUGGGAGAUGCUACCUUGAUCCACAGCCACACCGCUCUGAUACAUUCCGAGGACGUUAUUGACGCUCAGCUGAACGACCUUUUCAUUUUCCCAAGACAAGUCGGCAAAGAAUACGUGGCAAUUCGAAGGAAACACGGCUGCUUCGCUCACCAUCAGCUUGGACCAACCAGUCUUUACACGAGUUGGUGUCUGGAGUCACGUCACGACAUUCUUUGGUCAUACAAUGCAGCAGAGAUGCGAGUUCAAGCCACGUCCGUGCAUUUGGCCACGCAGAAGGAGAUACAUGGUGAUCGCAUGGACUCGCUGGCGUUUCUACGCUCACCUGAGUGGACUGUGCCAUCCGAAUCACCCACGCACUGCUCGUCAACCCAGUUGGGAAUAUCACUGCUCAGCUGCACCUAUGCAGCAGCGACCAUCUCGAAAGGGGGCGGUUGUGGAAUGAAAAGGACUUCAUCAAUUCGCCUGAGCAUGGCGGAUCACCAACAAGUGGUCGAUCAGUUGUGUGUCGAUUUGAGUCAACCUGGAGGAGGUUGGGGCUACUCUGCACAUUCGAUAGAGGCGAUCCAGGUGAAAGCAAGCAAGGAUGUUCGCUUGCUGGGAAUUGGGCUAUAUGGUGGUCGCGGAGAGUACAUUGCCAAGAUCAAAUUGUUUCGAUUGCCAAGCGACAUGUCAGAUGAGCAGUGCGCGGAGAUGCUCUCGGAGUCAGACGAGACACUUUACGAUUGUGGUCAACGCGAAGCGGCAGCGCUAAUGUUAGCUCAACCAGUGUUGAUGAAGGCGAAUCAUUGGCAUGUUGUGAGCGCUAAGAUCAGCUCUGAAAAAGGUUUCGUCUCAUCAGCACUUGUAAUAAAGCCUCCUGUUUUUUGA